AUGGACAAAAAUCACCUCGGCAUCUUGCUAGGAACGAUUAUCGCCCUGAUCCUCCUCAUUCUCGGGGUCUCUAUUCAAAGGUGGCCAUGUAUUGCUAAAAAUUCGACUAUUAGUCAUGGGAUUUUAACCGGCUGUAUCUCACCUGACGUAAGCAAAAACAAUGAAUACCUGGCCAUCGGUGUCCUUCUCGCCUUCGCCAUCAUUCUGGUUGCCCUUGCACUCAUUUUUAUCUUCCUCGAUCUGACGAUUAACGACUACAGGUGGGAAAUUGUAGCAAUAAUAUGUAUUUUCCUUGGAGCUUUACUAGCUCUAAUUGCAAUGCUGAUCUACUACAUUGGAUUGAAUGAGUGGAUUUCGCCUAUCCUGGCGACCAUCGGCAUGGCUUUUGCUGUCGCCGUAACCAUAUUUAUGGUGAUGCGGAGAUUAGCCUGCUGA